ACCUGAUAAAACGCGACUCGACCUGGCUAGCUGGACCCGCUCUUUUGUACAUCCCUACGAGGCUUUUUCCGCGCAGCAGUGUUGGUUCUCUCUCUCUCAGAAGCUUCUCUCUCUCCCACGCCGAAACUUCGCAGGCCAAUAAUUGAGUUCGAAUGAACAACCCAUUUCCAUGAGGACAGUCUCUCUGUCUCUGUCUAUCUCUCUGAAUUUCGAGGUAGCUAUCCAUGGAAGGUUGCAAGUUCAGUGGGGGCUCAGCGAAGGCUAACCUGAUUCUCUCCACAGGCAUCCUUCAAAGGGCGUGGACCUCCGUCUCCGAGCUCCAACAAUCGGGCAAUCACCAUCUCCCCUUCGUCGUCAACGAUCGUUUCCACAACAUCACAAUCGUAGCUUUUCAUGACUUGCAGAACCAGACGCAAGACCUCCACCUCCUCCCACCCUUUCUUGCUCCCCUGCAGCAAACCCAUCCCGACUUCGGCUUCCUCAUCACCAAGGACAAUCCCUCCAUCUCCCUCCACGCCUCCCCUCUCUCCACCUUCCUCCGCCUCCUCCGCACCACCGACCUCAAAGCCCAGCUUCAAAGAUCAACAGAAAAGAACAAGCCUCAGCUCAUACUUGUGGGUCGGUCGAUAGGAGGCUCGGUUGCUGCUCUAUGCACACUGUGGCUUCUAAAGAACCAGUCGUCCCCUUCGCUUCCUCUCUGCAUCACCUUUGGAUCUCCGCUCGUCGGAGACGAAGGUCUCCGGAAAGCCAUCGACGCUGUUGAGCAAUGGAAGGCCCAAUUCUGGCAUGUUGCAGGGCACGACGACGUAAUUCCGCGACUUUUUGCUUGUCGGCCGACGGGUCAGAAUUCAUGCAGCCAGUGCAAACCCUUCGGCACCUACUUUCUCAUUUCCGACUCCGGCUGUACCUGUGUUGAUGAUCCGGACUCGGUCCUUGAGUUGCUCGACCUCACUUCUCCAAGCUUGGACAAACUGCCAAUGCAACUGCGGCCAAAGAACUACGGCGUUUUGCUAAAACAACUCGAGAAGAAGCCACUCUGCAGGAGCAGAAAUAUUCAAGCUGCCCGUUUCCAAGAAAGCCUUACUGUAGAUUUGGCUCUACAGCUGGACUCAGUUGGCAUUGGGUCCAACCAUCUGAAACACAAAGAGCUGCUUCAAUCAAUGGAGGGAAGAGAGAAAGAAGUGCACCUCAAACGGAAAAGCGCCCCUAAUCCUUCCAAGAGACUCAACGAAGUGAAGAAGCAAAUGGCCCGUCUGGAGUGGUACAAGAAAGAGUGUGAGUCGAAGAACACGACCUACUACGACUGUUACAAGAGCAGGAGAACGGCGAAAGACAUAGACGUCAUUAAAUUCAAGAACAUACUCAACAACUACUGGAAGGAGAAAGUGGAGGAAGCCGAGAACAAGCCGCAGCUUCCGCACGCUCGGAUGAGCGUCAGGUGGCUCUUCGGUGGAGUGACCUACAAGCGUAUGGUCGAGCCCCUCGACAUCGCCGAUCACUACCGGAGAACCGGCCGCGGAGACUACAUGGCAAAAAGACCUCGCCAUUAUGAGUUACUGGAUAAAUGGCACGAGGAAGAUGACAAGAAACACAAGGCGGCGAAGAAGACGAAGAAGGAGAAGGGCACAAGCCUCACGGAUGACUCGUGCUUUUGGUCUCACGUUGAGGACGCUGCACGAAGGCUGAAUGAGCUGAAGAAGGAAGGGAGAAUCGCAGGAGGCAAGAGCAAGGAGGACCUGUGCAACGAACUGCGGGAGUUUGAAGGCUAUGUGAUGAAGUUGGUGAACAACUACGAGUUGUCCCCCGAGGUUUUCCUGGAGAACAGUUCGUUCAUGGAGUGGUGGAAUGAGUAUGAGAAAGAGCUGGAGCCUGGUUACAGUUCACAAUUUGUUGCUUUCAUGAAGGAUAGACGCUAUCCAGCUUCUCACAAUAACACCUUUAGUUUCUCUUUGGCUCUUUCAAUUUCUAGGAAGUCAUCCAUGGAAGGCUGCAAGUUCAGUGGAGGCAGAGCUAAGGCCAACCUGAUUCUCUCCGCAGGCAUCCUCCAGAGAGCGUGGACCUCCAUCUCCGAGCUCCAACGUCGACGGAGCACUACUGACGCGUGCCCCUUCGUCGUGGACGACACUUCCCCCAACUCCACAACCUUAGUCUUCCUGCGGCAUCAUGUAUCUGCCUUCAUUCAGCGCGACGAGCGCCGUCGUCUACCCCUGCAAACCCAUCCCCACUUCGACUUCCUCACUACCAACGGCAACCCUUCCGUCUCCUUCAAUGGAACCUUUCUCUCCGUCUACCUCAGCUUCCUUCAAUCCACCGAUUUCGGAGACCAGCUUCAAAACCUGGAACUUACUCAAAAACGAAGAAGAAAUAACAAACAGCUGAUAAUUGUUGGUGAGGAGGAAGGAGGCGCGAUUGCUGCUCUUUGCACGUUGUGGCUUCUAAUGAACUGGUCGUCCCCCUCGCUACCUCUUUGCAUCACCUUUGAUGCUCCGUUCAUCGGAGGCGACGAACUCCAGAAAGCCGUCGGCACUGUUGAGCAAUGGACGGCCCAAUUCUGGCAUGUCACCAGGCGACGCUACGACUGGCAUUUUUACUCCGAUUCCGGCCGGUACGAACCCUUCGGCACCUACUUUCUCAUUUCCGACUCCGGCUGUGUCUGUGUUGAUGACCCGGAUUCUGCCCGUGAGUUGCUCCAAGUUAAAUCUCCAAGUUCGGAUGGGCACUUCCUUGACAACGACCAUGGCCGUCGAUAUUCCGGUUUAAAAGAGUACGGUAUGUUGCGGAAGAAGCUUGAGAAGACGCCUUUACCCAAAAGCAGAAAUAUUGAAGCGACUGGUUUCCAGGAAUGCCUCAUGGUAGAUUUGGCUCUGCAACUAGACUCGGCUGGAAUUGGGUUCAACCAUGAGAAACACCAAAAGCUGCUUCAAUCAAUGGGGGAAAGAGAGGAAGUAGCGCACCUCAGCCGGAAAAGCGCCCCAAACGCUUCCAAGAGGCUCAAUCAAGUGAAGAAGCAAAUGGCCCGUCUUGAGUGGUACAAGAAAGAGUGUGAGUCGAAGAACAUGACCUACUACGACUGUUACAAGAGCAGGAGCACAGAGAAAGACAUGGACGUCAUUAAAUUCAAGAACAUACUCAACAACUACUGGAGGGAGAAAGUGGAGGAAGCCGAGGACAAGCCACAGCUGCCGGACGCUCGGAUGCGCGUCAAGUGGCUCUUCGCUGGAGUGACCUACAAACGCAUGGUCGAGCCGCUCGACAUCGCCGAUCACUACCGGAGAACCGGCCGCGGAGACUACACGGCAAGAAGACCUCGCCAUUAUGAGUUACUGGAGAAAUGGUACGAGGAAGAUGAUAAGAAAAACAAGAAGGAGAAGAAGAAGGAGGGGAAGGGCACGAGCCUCACGGAUGACUCGUGCUUUUGGGCUCAUGUUGAGGAGGCUGCACUGAGGCUGAAUGAGCUGAAGAAGGAAGGGAGAAUCGCAGGGGGCAAGAGCAAGGAGGACCUGUGGAACGAAUUGAGGGAGUUUGAAGGCUAUGUGAUGAAGUCGGUGGACAACUACGAAUUGUCCCCCGAGGUUUUCCUGGACAACAGUUCGUUCAUGGAGUGGUGGAAGGAGUAUGAGAAAGAGCUCCACCCUGGUUACAGUUCACAGUUUGUUGCUUUCAUGAAGGACAGACGCUAUGUCCAUUACAAAUGAGAGGUUCCAUCCAACAUGUUCAUU